UAUAAAACACACUUUCUCAGUAAAGGAAUGCAGAAGGAAAGAGGCUCUCUGCCUGCUGGAACUGUAGAGGAGUCAGGUGAGUACUUGAUAAUGAUAUAGCACUGGAUGAAGUUUUCCAUGUUAAGAACAAAAACCAAAAGGGAGGACAAAGGAGUCAAAGUGGUGCUGGGUCUCUGUGGUUGCACAUACAGGUGCUCUUUGCUUAGUUCAUCUGGUGAAGCUGUGGUUGCAUGAGUGAAAAAAGUGGUUUAAUCCUAAAAUUUAUAGUUGAAGAAUUUCAAAACUGCAGCUGUCCUUUAUGAAGCGAUCCAAGGAACACUGUAGGCUUUGUGUGUAAAUAAAUGGGCUUUAUUUUACAAGGCAAACCACAUUUUUAAAAAGCAGAUGCUGUGGGACCUACUUAGGCCUUCUUCAGGACCUUUGUCAGCUGUGGCUUACACACCUGUGAACAGUUACACUAAUCAGCUGAGUGUGAGGAUCAUUCCUUGUUUAAGCCACAGAGAGGGAGUUAACCCUCUGAGGUCUAAGGGUAAUUCCUUGAUUUAUACAUUAUUUUUUAAUUCUUCUUUUUAAGGUACUUGAAAAUAACCCAAUCCCUGAGUGUUUUAUAUAAAAAUGUUCAGCACAAUCUCAGCCUUAUGAGCACUGAGGCCCAAUUUUGAUUUUUGAACAAUUUAGAUUUGCUUGAGAAAAGCCGGCACUUAUGUGGUCAGAUUAUUUUGGUGCUUGAAAUCAGUUUACCAAAGUCAGAAAACAUGUCUAAAAUUAAAUGUAUACUAUACCAGUGUUCGCUAACUCUACAUAGCAAGCAUUUGUUCUGUCAAUCCUAAGUCCCACUCCUUAUAUACAUUAGCUGCUAGCUCCAUCAUUUGGCAGAAAAACAGAGUCUUUCUUUUCAUAUUGAAAUUAAAAUGACUGCAAAAUCUCUAAAAGAUAAAAAAGCAUACAUUCAUACACAUACACGGCUAAUGUUUACUGGGAGUGUGACUAAAGCCUAGAAUACACUGUGUGGUUUUGGGAAAAGAUGACAAACAGUGGUGAUAUUUUUGGUUGUGGCUCUAUAACGGUGCUCCUACAUCCUACAUACUCCUACAUACAGCCAGAAAUUUAGAAGGACCAUCUCACUAUGUGUCACCUGCUACAGCCUUCAUCCACUCACCAACAGGGUGGCCAUUUUCACAGCACCAGGACUCUGGUGUAUUCCCCUCUACAAUAAAAUUUUGUCCAUUAUGCUGAUGGUGCAGUAUCAUGAUACAGUGAUUCUGAGAUACUCCAUUCAUUGAAGGAUGAUUUGGUCCAGGACCGCCCCUGCCCAAAGAGAGGCCCUAAGCACACUCUGGUAUGAGGACCCCCAACAUACUCACUUAACAAUCCUCAAAGUAUCUUAAAAUAACUAAAGGUUAUUUAGCCCAAGUCAGUUGUAUGUAAAAGGCAAAGUUCUUGGUAACAUCAUCUUUGUUUUAAUGAUCAUAUUCCUUGUUGCAAUAAUACGGAUAUUUUUAAUUUCCAUUUGUCAAAAAAAAGUGAUCACUAUGGGUUAAUUAUUUUGAUCACAACAUGAAUCCCGCUUUAUUAGCUAUCUGUUUUAUUGGGGUUUUCUCCUCAAAAUUAAAAUAAUAUAAACCAGAUGAUCUUGCCCCCCUUACACCCCCUCACACUCACCCCUGCACAUCUCCCCUUCCCUCACACACAGCAGCUCAUCCUUUUUGUGUCUUUCUCUUCCUCUCUGUGGCCUUUCUUAAGUUUCUACUUCAAUGUUAUCAUCUUUUGUUAAAUGACCUCAAAAUAUACAUCGUCUUUACUUGUUUCAUUCAUUGAUCACGGAUGACACCGAUCUCCAAAAGUAGCUACCUUUAGGGUUAAUUUACUAAUGUGUGACAGCCAGGUAAAGUUUAUUUUUGGUCCACGUUGUAUAAACAUUACCUGGUUCAUAUUUAACAUACAAACACUGGACUGAUGUGCAGAGAAAGAGAGCAAUGGGCAGUAAGCUGGGUUACGUUCAGGUGCGACUCCAAAAGGAGGAAAAAUAAGCGUCCGGAUUGAGGCUGCACCGGACACUGAACAAGGCAUUUAAAUUCAGGACUGUCCAGCCAUAAGCCGGACAUAUGGCCACCCUACUCACCAACCAAAAGGAAUGUAGCAAGAAAUAAGAAAUAAUGAACACAACACUAGUGCUAACAAACACGUUAGCAUUGGAAUGGGGACGGCGCCAAAACGGGGAUGUUUGUGGGAUUUCAACAAGGAGGGAAAUCUUGAAGCACAAACAUUAAAUGCUACUAUGACAACCGUUUUGUUGCUUUGCUUCAUUAUUUACCACACCACUGGAAGCGUAGACACUUAUUUCAUACCAGCGUAUAUCGCAGUCUGUGAUUCGGUGGCGUUUAGAGGGUGUUGUCAUCCUCCAGUCUGAGAUUUAUGUCACAUUGUGUAGCAUGGCCUUAGUUUGUCAGCUUUAAAUCAACAUUUGACCCCUUUUUUAAUAAAAUGUUAUAUUAUAACAUUAUAAUAUUUUUGCUGUCAUUCAUUUCUAUUAUUUACUUAAAUCAUUGGUUCCCAACCUGGGGUCCACGACCCCCCAGGAGGGCGCCAAAGAUCUUAGGGGGGCACGAGGCUUUGUCUGCUCUGAGGCUGCCAAAAUUCAAUUUGCAAAUAUUGACUUAAACCAGGAUAAAGCAGUUACUAAGUAUGUUAUACACAGGUCUUUGAUAAGAAAAGCAUAGAUAGGACUUUUUAGGGUUUUAUCAGUGAAAUAAUUAAAAUCUAUGUUGAUUUUUGACAGCAUGGGCCACUUUUACUUCUCUCUUGGGUCCUGGGGUGGCUCCACUUUUCUUAGGUGCAUGGAGCCUGCAAUUUCCACAUAGACGACUGUGCCACGCACUGAUGCACUGCGGGUUUGCUCGGACCGAAGGAGAGCAACUGCGCCCACUGGAAAUGUGUCUAGAGCGGUGUGCCUUGGAUCGCUUUUAACCCCCUUUCUUUAUUCAUGCAACCAAGAACCAAAAGUAGAUUUGGGUGUAGGUGGGCCCACGGGGCAGACAGUAAAGCAUGAGCUCUGAUGCCUGUCCUUCACUCUCAUGUCAAAUUUACAGGAAUAUAAAGAGGUGCCCUUCAACAGGGCUGGUCCUGAAGAUCAACAUGCUUCUCCACCCCAUCUUCCUUCUAUCUGUCCUGCUCAACUUUAACCCCUCAUUGUCUUACACAUUGAGAAACUGCUCUAUCGAGUACAGUGAAUAUGUCUGGGAGGUUUCUGUCAUAUGCAACAAUCGUGGCCUUGCUUCCGUCCCAGAUGACAUUCCUGAAAACGCGACAUCUCUAAAUUUGAACUUCAAUCAGAUUGUGACGGUUAACAGAACAUACUUCAGUGGAUUAUUGAAGCUGCUUGAUCUAGCACUGGAAUUCAACUCAGUCUCACACAUCAAUGACCGAGCAUUUGAAGAUUUAGUUUGUUUACGAAAUCUCUCCCUGAGUACUAAUAGUCUCACAAUGCUGUCAGAUGACGUGUUUAAGGGGUUGUCAAAAUUAGAGAACCUGUCUCUGGAUAAAAAUCAGCUCCAGUACAUCUCCCCAAAGGCCUUUCAGCCCCUGAACAGUUUAAAGAAAGUAAUUUUGGCUUAUAACAAGCUUCAAGAAAUUAGUGACAUCGUGGGUAUAUUACAGCUCCCAAACAUUUAUGAGCUACACGCAGGAUUGAACAGGUUCACCUCCUUUGAUACCGAUGACAUGCCUUUUAACAAAUCCAACCUCAGAAUUCUUUGGUUUAAUGGGAAUCCACUGAAAAACUUCCGCAUUACAAGAGACGUCUUCGGUUUCCUUGAAUCUCUUGACAUGUCCAAAUGCAGCCCCGGUUUUGAGUGGUAUGUGGUGGACAAGAACUAUCUGAGGAGCUUAAAGAUUCUGUAUUUAAGUGGGACUGAAGUUAGCUUUAAAAUGCACAAGAGGAUUUUUCAGAGCACCUUUGCCCUGGAGUAUGUCUGGCCUUCUUACAUAACAGAAUGGUUAGAAAAUGGUCUGCUCAACUUCAUCUGCCAGAUGCCGUCUUUGGCAAGACUGGAUUUGAGUAUGAAUGACAUCUACAAUUUAAACGACACGCUGCUUCAGCCUUGUUCUAAAAUCACUGAGUUAGCUUUAAAUAGCAACGUCAUGACCAGCUUGUCCGAGAACUCGCUCAGACCACUGAAUCAGCUCCAGUAUUUGAGUUUAAGCUACAACUUUCUGACAACAGUGCCAACUGCUGUCAGAGGCCUCUCCAAGCUCAUAAGCCUCGGCCUGAGAUCCAAUGACAUCGGAGAGUUACGUUGUGGCGACUUUCUGAAUCUGACAUCGUUGUUGCGGCUCACUCUUGAUAAAAAUCGUAUUUCAGUCGUGAGAGGAUGCGCUUUUCAAGACCUGAGCGAGCUGACGUACUUAAACCUGGACUCAAAUCCAAUUAUAAGAUUGGGUGAUACUUUCAGAGUUAGUUUGCGAAAACUCUACAUUUUGAAGAUGAGCAUGAAUCAAAUUGUGGAGUUUGACGAAGGGGACUUUAAGGGUCUGCCAUCUCUUUUGGUUUUGUAUAUACAAUCAGGGAUGGUCUGCCGUGAAAAGAAUGGGACAUUUUAUGGACUUCAUAAUCUUACAACUCUAGUCCUAGCAGCAUACUCUCUCGACAAAGACAUCUUCCGAGGAAUGCCAAACCUUCAAAAUCUGACCAUGUACCUCCCAAUACUAGAGAACAACCUGAGCUAUGAAGUUAACAACGACCCGCCUUUCCUCUUCUUGCCUUUUUUGAAGAUCCUUUCAAUCUACAACAGCAAUGAAUGGACUGUAGUUAUCUCACCAAAUUUGCUCUGUGGUCUGCAAUACUUAGAGCAGUUUGCAUCUGAAAAUUUUUUCACUGGGACACCUCACCCAGACACAUUUACAUACACUCCUCGUCUGAAAAGUCUACGGAUUACCCAUAGCUACAUCUUAAAUCCAAAACCUGAACUGCUGCAGCCAUUAACAAACCUGCAAGCUCUUGAUCUUUCCAACAACAAGCUCCGAUCUUUGGAUUUUCUAAUCAAAGCUAACCUGUCUUCGCUCCGCUGGUUGAAACUGACAGAAAAUGAGUUUACAGUUGUUGACGAGACAGUCCUUCAGUCUCUACCAGCACUCACAUAUCUUGAUCUUUCUGGUAACCCUUUCACUUGUAACUGCCUCAACAGCGGCUUCAUCCAGUGGGUGAAGAGCACUAAUCAAACUCAGGUGGUCAACGCCUACCAAUAUGACUGUUACUUUCCUCCUAGUAAGCAAGGAACCAAACUGAUGGACUUUGAUGUCAAGUCCUGUUGGAUGGACGUUGGCUUCCUCUGCUACAUUUCCAGCUCUUCUCUAGUCAUGUUAACUCUCCUCACCUCUUUCAUCUACCACUUCCUGAGGUGGCAGAUCGUCUAUGCCUUCCUCCUCUUCCAGGCCUUCCUUUAUGACAAAAGGAAGGGGAGGAAAGGAGCUCCUCACCUCUACGAUGCCUUCAUCUCCUACAAUGUUGAGGAUGAGGCCUGGGUCUACAGAGAGAUGCUUCCAGUGCUGGAGGGAGAGCAGGGCUGGAGACUGUGUCUGCACCACAGAGACUUCCAACCAGGUAUACCGAUCAUGGAGAACAUCAUUGAUGCCAUCUACAGCAGCAGGAAGACCAUCUGUGUGAUCAGCCGGAGCUACCUGCAGAGUGAGUGGUGCUCAAAAGAGUUCCAGAUGGCCAGUUUCCGUCUGUUCGAUGAGAAGAAGGACGUGCUGAUUCUGCUGUUUCUGGAGGAGAUCCCGGACCAGCAGCUGUCUCCGUACUACCGCAUGAGGAAGCUGGUGAAGAAGCGCACCUACCUGAGCUGGCCGAAGGCCGGACAACACACAGGAGUCUUCUGGCAGAACGUCCAGAGAGCUCUGCAAACAGGAGAUGCUCCUACAGAUGGCAGAGACAUACUCACUGCUGGCCUGGCUCCAGAUAAAUAACCCAGGACUUGAAGUAACUGUCAGCAGAAAAUAUAACUGUUCAUCUGUAACCUUUGGCUGAAAAAGAAAGAAAUGGGAGCCACAUCACAGAAGCUUAUAGUUACCAUAUUUUGCGACGCGUCUGUCUGUGUUGACUUACAUGCCACACUGUUGCUCUAAUGUCCUUGAUACUUCUCUGAAGACUUUUUAGAUGUGCUGGUUUGAAACUGGUGACAUCAAACAAUUAGAAAUAUGCACAGAUUUUCUAUAAAAUCCAAAAUUGUUUGCACCUUUCGCUUCAGUUUACCCCCAUUCCUGUCCCCCAUUAUGAUAUGCUGAUAUACCUGAUUCUAAUACCGCUAAUCAUUACCUUGUCUGCAUCUUGUAGUUUAGCCAUCACCAUGUUUAGAUCCAGUUUUACCUGUUUUUGCUUAAUGUACGCAACAUGUUAAUGUUACAAUGAGUUCGAUAACAAUUUAAAGCCUUGUGUUUGGACUGCUCAAACCCAGAGAAAGAUAGUAACAUCUUGCCUUCUAUUGAUCUGCUUUCUUCAAUAAACCUACAAAAUCCUU